AUGUCGGGGCAGAAUCCUUAUUCGCAAGGCCCUAACCAGGAGUCUGGCUACGGCGGCGGCGGCUAUGGUCAGCUGAACCCAUAUGCCACCAAUACAAGCGACAACGCUUCGCCGUACAACACCGGCAACAACUAUGAGCUGCAGGACUACAACAACCAGGGCGCCGCCGGCAAUGGCUACUCCCAGGAGCAGGGCGCCCGGCCUUCUGUUCUGUCACAGCAAGACUUCCUCAGCCGCGUGCAGACCCUGCGCAACGACAUCAAGGCACUGACUGGCGAUAUUGACUUCAUUGGACAGCUGCAUCAGCGCACCCUCAGCGCUACUGACCAGGAUGCGAACGAGCAGCUGGAUCACUACGUUGCGCAGACGCAAAUCCGCAACACCGCCAUCAAGGAUGGCAUCAAGGGCCUUGAGCGCGACCUGCUCAAGACAACAGACGCCUCUCGCACCACUAAGCAGACCCAGCUCGAGUCGCUCAAGACCUUUUUCAAGUCCGAGCUCGACAAGUACCAGAGCAUUGAGCGCGAUUACCAGGCGCGCUACAGGGAGCAGAUUGCGAGACAGUACCGCAUCGUGAACCCGGAAGCGUCGGAGGAUGAGGUGCGACAGGCCACAGAGGCCGACUGGAGCAAUGAGGGUGUUUUCCAGACAGCUCUUCGCUCCAACAAGACUGGUCACGCUGCCUCUCUGCUUGGCAAUGUGCGUGCUCGCCACAAUGAGCUCCAGCGCAUCGAGCAGACUCUCUCCGAGCUCGCCCUCCUCUUCCAGGAACUUGCUGCUAUGGUCGAGCAACAGGAGAACGUGGUUGUUGCCGCCGAGGUAAACGCCGAGAACACAGUCCAGAACAUCGAGAAGGGCAACGAGCAAGUCAGCCAAGGUAUCGAGCAUGCCCGCCGCACCCGCCGUCUCAAAUGGUGGUGCGCCUUCAUCGUCUUCCUCAUUUGCCUUGCCAUCGCUCUCGGUGUUGGUCUCGGCGUGGCCUUGACCAAAAACCAUUAA